CCUUCUGCUCUGAGGCUACGGCCAGACGGUGGAGUGGAAGAAGGCGAAUACCCUUUUAGAAAGUCAGGUACCCAUUUUUUCCCCGCUCGGCGGGACGGCCCCUUGUAGCCGAUUUCUCCUGCUUUUCGCGGCGUUGUGCCCGUCGCCGCGCCGCAAGUCUCGUUUUUCCGAAUUGUGGGCCAGCGGUUGAGGAUUCGAAGGCUGCAGCAGCACCUGGCCCUGCUUGGGGGCCCCCAGGAGCACAGUGGAACCCAACGUCAGAGCCAGGGCUGUUUUGGCCAGAGCUGAGGUGGAAAGGCUUGUGUUGGCCUCCAACGACAGGGACAGGGUUGACAGGGUUAUGAUGGCGAGCUCGGGGUACCCUAACCAGCCAACGGGCAGCGCCGUGCGAGCGCUGGGUAUGGAGUACCGCAGCCUCCAGGAGGAGCCCGUCGAGGGCUUUCGCGUCAAGCUCGUCAACGACGAUAACCUGUUCGAAUGGGAGGUGGCCAUCUUCGGACCCCCAGACACCUUGUACCAAGGGGGCUAUUUCAAGGCCCACAUGAAGUUCCCUCCUGAUUACCCUUAUUCGCCGCCCAGCAUACGCUUUCUUACGAAAGUGUGGCAUCCCAAUGUGUAUGAAAACGGAGACUUGUGCAUUUCAAUCCUUCAUCCUCCAGUUGAUGAUCCGCAGAGUGGGGAAUUACCAUGUGAAAGAUGGAACCCAACACAGAAUGUCAGAACUAUACUCUUAUCAGUUAUAUCACUUCUGAAUGAACCUAAUACGUCAAGUCCUGCAAAUGUGGAUGCUUCGGUCAUGUAUCGCCGGUUUAAAGAUUCUAAAGGUCGUGACAAAGAGUACGAGAAUAUCAUAAGGAAACAAGUGUCAGCUGCCAGAAUCGAAGCAGAGAAGGAUGGUGUUGUUGUUCCUCUUACACUAGAAGAUUACUGCCGUAAGCCCAAAGCCAAAGCAGCUGAGCCUCCUGUUGAUAUGACUGACUUUUAUGUCGAUGACUAUGAUAUUGGUGAUGAUGAUGAUGAUGACCUGGACAUGGGUGAUAGUGAUGCUGGAGAAGAUGGCGACGAUAGUGGAAACGGAGAGUCGUGAACUGAAGACAAUAUUGCUCAAAAUAUUGGCUCUCCUGUUUUGUCUCAUUGAAGAGGAACACUGAAUUUUUUCCUUCAACUUUCAAAUCUGCUGGACAUUUCCUGCUUAAUCUGUUAGUUUGGUUUGUGUUUUACAUUUAUGUAAGGGUUGUGAUGCUGUGAUGCUUAACAUUGUAGAUAUUUACUUAAUAAUUAUGUUAUGUUGUGUUAUUUAUUGUGGACUUGUGUUUAAACAAUAGGAAUGACACCAUGUAACCUAAACUUAUGUAAUGUGUAUUGUAGGUAUUAUUUCUUAUUGCUUCAUUAAUUUCGAAGAGGCACACAGGCAGUUCAAUUGUGUGGCCUUUAAAAAUGUUUGUGGAUGUCAUAAAAAUCUACUGGUAAGUUAUGUACAGGUAGCUUGAUAUAAAACAGUAACAUUGUGUGUUAGUGAUCAUUUAAGGCACUCUGUAACUUUAUUCUUUUGUUUGUUUGUUUGUAGUGUGUAACUGUUUCUGUUGAAUUGUACUAGUAUUCUUUUUUCACCCCCCUUUUCCCCCCUUUUGUUUUAAAUGUUACCAGUUGCUUCUUUUCUUUCACUAAUAAAUCAUAUGUACAAUGGAGUUAGCUUAUAUCCGGUGGUCUAUUGACACAUUUUUACUUUCAUUGUUACCAGACUUUGUGGGAAUCUGUAAAAUAAUGGGAGAACUAGUUGUAUCCACACACAGAGCAUAUCUGUUAGCUAAAUUAAGCAGCAUCACUCAGGUAAAAUGUAGCCUUUUAAAAAAGUUCAUCACAGCAGCACAACUUGAAAUGGACUUCGAUCAAUGGGAACCAUGUUUGUUGUUAAGGAACUCACAAUGUGAUCAAGCCGUAUUUAAUUUUAGAUCUGCGGACAUGUCUUGCAUACAUUUCAGUUUGUGUUUGUCAGAACUUUUUCUUGUGUAUUGCAGGAAUAAUUUUACUCCUUCCAUAUUUUUGUUUUGAGCUAUGGAGCAUGGAGCCUCUACUCGCAAUAUCAUAUUUCUAUAUUUUAUAAGAAAUAUCCCUUCACGUAUUCUAUUAUUUGGACAUGCCAUUUUUUAACUAUUUAAAGAUGAAAAGAGACAAUGUAGUUGAGGAUGUUCUAUUAAUUUUACCUCAGUGGGUGUGUGUAUGUGUGUGUAGGUCCUACAUUUGUCUGUUUUUCCCUGAUACUUUUACAGAUCUUAUUUACAAAAUUGUCAGCACAUGGUGACUUGUACUACUUUGUAUUUCUUUUCAAAUCUAGUGUGUAAUACUACUGAUAUAAUUUUUGAGCAGCUAUGUAUCAAUUUUGAUUGUGUUUUAUUGAAGACUUGUUGAAGACAUUUUAGUACAGUACUCAGAUCUAUCAUGUCAAUGUACUAUGAGUCUAUUCUUUCAUUCGCUGAAGCAGUGAUAACAGAACAGGUUGCUACAUGCAAGAUUUGAUCUCAGUACAGUCAUGUUAAUGAUGUAAUUGAGAUAGAUUGGGGAGCUGCUUAUUACCUGAUAGAUGCCGUCUCAUUUCUCCUAUCUAAAAUGUUUGUUGUUGUUACUUCGCCAGCAAUAGACACCUUCCAUUGCCAUUAGGGAAAUUUGGUACAAAGAUCUCACGUUUUUUUUCUUACCUGCUUAUUUAUUUGCGGUUUAAAAAACCAAGCAGCUCCUCAUUUAUUAUUUAAAAUGUUAAUGUUGUGAAAACCCCUGACCUGUGAUUGAAUGGAAGUAUGCUGUUCUAUGAGAAAAGAUAUGUUGGUUAAAGUGUUCUGAAUUUCUGAAAUUCUGCUACCUUGGUCGUGUGCUCUGUUGACUGUCUAGGUCAGCAACUUAAUUUGUAAAUCUUGUUUUUAAGAAAUCAGUAGAAGUGCACAUUUAUCUGAAGAAGAAGUUUCUCAGUUUAUCACUAAGUUUUGAAUGUGCAUUGAAACUGUGAUUGCAAAAGAUGGAGGAACAUAAGUGAUCUUAUUUUGGUUUCACUUUUAACUUCGGUUAAUAAUUUCUUAUCUCAUGUACAGAUUAUUGUUUCUUUUGGGGCAGUGUGCUGGUACUGGUACAACUGUUGCUCUGUCAUGUCAGUGGCGUUGAUAAACAAAUUUGACUAACCUAGUUCGGCUAUUUGAUUUUCUCAACUCCAAAUGUGCUAUUAUCAUAUCCGUUUUUUGUCUCCCUGCCACGUUGGAUCUGGAAGGUAUUUCUGCGCUAAGAGUUGUCAUUAAAAGUGGGAAGAGUGUCAUUUCUUGUUUGUCAACGCCAUGCAUAUCAGUAAGUUGGAUUUAAGAUUGAUGUAAAUAAAUAUAAGGAUUGAGAGGAGUUAAGAGGACCAGCUCACCACUGCCAGAUAAGAGUGAAUGUUGGUAUUCAAGUCUACCAUGCGUGACUCUCAAAGUGUACAGAUUGGUUGUGUAAGAUUUGUUUCUUUCCUUAUUUCUUUUCUUUUUUAAGUGAAAGUUGCUGUAGUUUGUUGAGGUAUAGAAUUGUACCUGUGAAUGUAGGAGUGAAUAUAGUUUCUGUGCUUUUCUCAUUGAACAGUUUACUGUGUGUUAUUUAUUAAGUCAAUUUUCUUUUUUUACCUUUUCUUAUUGCUUUUAGGAUUUACAAUAACAGCUUUGUAAGUAAUAUAGUUAUAAUUUAUUUGAUUUAAGCUCUCUGAAUGGGUAAAGCUGUUUUGUUUUGUGCUCUUGUAGGACACCUCAACAGAAUGUAUAUGGUGCUUGGGCAGAAAUAUCCCAGUCAAAGUCAUUCAGAUUGCCUGUCUGUCAUACCAAUUAAUUGUAUGCGUAGUCAACCCAAUUGUUUGCGACAUUUCUACUUUGACAAGUCACUGCUUUCAAGUUGUGAUGGUUUGUCUGAAUCAAUCCUUCCAUCGUAUGUACAGCUUGUUCAUUAUUGUACUGACAAUUUUGUGUAUGAAGUAAAUACUUCAGUGGCAAAACAAACAUGGAAUUUUUCUGGUCUGUAUUUUUAGCCCAUAUUUGUACACUAGUAUUGUUUUUUUCUAUCUGUGCUUUAGUUCUGUCCAAUCUUGCUCCAAUAUAGUGUGAUAAUUGUCCACAUGACUGAUUACAACCAAGCAGAACUCUUGCUUUUUUUCCAGUCAAAACAUCUUAGUUCCAUAUUAUCUGUAUUGUUGUUACACACUGGAUGAAAAUGUACGUAAAAUAAAACUUGAAAUCGUAAUAGUGAGGAGUAAUCCCAAAUAGAUAUGCAAACAAAUUAAUUCAAAAAUUAUACAUCUUGUAUGUAAUUUUAAGAAGUCAUUACUCAUAUUGAACUGUGAUCUUCAAUGGUACUGUAUCAAGACCAAGAGCCAACGAUGCUAUUCUCCCAUGUAAUGAAAUAUUUUAAAAUGAUGAAGAGAAACUAUGUAUCCAGCAUUUUGGCAACUAUUUGGUGUUCUCUAUUCGAAAUGUUAGGUGCCAGGUUUGAGUAAACAUUAGGAUGGCCUUAAUGAAGCUGUAGCACUGUGUAAAGUAAAGUCUUUGUGCUUGGUACUUAGGUUCUUGUGCAUUUACAAAGUGUGAAUACUAAUCUUUUAUUAUUACGUCAUUACUACUUGGUACUUGUUACUUUGUACAUGGCACUUCCUGUAACCUUAUUUUUUUGUUAAAUGGCUGUUUUUCAACAAAAUACUUUAAUUUUUAUCCUUUAUUCUUUCUUCUUUUUUGGAGAGGUUUUUAAAAUAUAUUUUACCUUACUUGCUUGUUUGCUAAUUGGCUGAGCAAUAGCAAAGCAUUCCCGAUGGGGUAUUUGGGAUAGUGGCCGGUACACUGAGAUGCAGACCUUUUUGUAUGGAGACAUCUCAGCUAUGACUACUGCCAACACUGGAUUUUGUCGAAGACUCCGUCCCUCACUGUUCCACCUUAUAAAAAAAGGACUGAAUUGACUUGUUUGAAUCUAUCAACAACAAAAGGGCCUUAUCGCUCAGCUAACAGAGCCAACAGUCUUCGACUGCGACUAGAUAAGAUAUUUCGUUGCAUGGCUAUUAUAUUCUUUUGGAUUCUCCUGACUGUAAAAUGCCGGAUGUAGAUAAUAGAUUUCUUCUUCUGUGAUCAUGGUAAAGAUUGUAUGCAAAUUUCUCUACAACUUUUGGAAAUUUGUGCAAGGGAAAUAAAACAUGUCUCAAAGUUUUAA